AUGAACAUUGUGUUUUUUGGUGUGGUCAUUUCAUUGCCUGUACCCACCUCCUGCCUCUUCCUCCCCAACACACCUCAAUACAACCCCACCCCACCUCCCCUAACCACCAUUCUUGAGAACAUGUUGCCCUCCUCCAUAAACACCAAAUCUCACUUCUCCAAAGGCCCAAUCUCCUUCAGGGCUGGUACAGCUUUAGCACUAGCAAAAUGUCUUAAGAAAUACAAGAGUGUUUUGCGGGUGUAA